AUGAAAAUAUAUUUGCAUUAUAUAUCAUUUAUUUUAUUUUAUUAUUUUGGUGAUUGUGUGCAACCUUAUUUUCCAUCACAACUUUUAUUUUUUGCUAAUGAUGCAACACUAUAUGCAAUUGAUGAAGUUAAUCAACGAGCUUAUAUAUCAGCUUCUUAUAGUAUUAAACAAUCAGAAACGGCAUAUGCUUUAAAAAAUUUUCCUUAUGCAACUCCUGGUUCACCACAGUCAAAAUAUUAUGUUCAAUUAUUAGAAGGUUUUCCUAAUAUCGGUUGCAUUUAUGGAACCUAUUGGAAAUACGGCGGAAGUACAUUUAAUGCAUUUCCUUCUCAUUGGAACAAUGGAACUUCGUUUGAAAUAAAAAAUUUCAUGAAUUUUCAAUAUGAAAUGAUAUAUUCAAAUGAUUCUUCUGUAUAUGAAGAUUAUUGGUAUUCAAAAGAACUAUGUCAUCCUGAAGGACCAAAAGAUGUUCCAUGUGAAGAAAUUUUUUUUCGAAAAAAUACUGAUAUUCCUGUUCGAUCAACUCAAGUUAUUGAAACACCAUGGGAAGUUCGACAAUAUACAAGAACUUAUUUAGUUAUAUCAGUAGGAAAACCAGAUGAUAAAUAUUUUGAUUCUAUUCCAAAAGAUUGGGCUCGUACUUGUCGAGAUGUCAUGCUUGGAAUUUCCUAUAAUCCACAAUCUACAAAAAUAGAUUUAAAUAAAAAUGUAAAAUUUCAAGUAUGGCUUCCUUCACCUCCACAUCAAAUUGAUGGAAAUGAUACUGUUCAAAUCCGUUGGAAAGCAGACGAAUGCGCUGAUUGUUUUACAUGGACACCAAAACAACUGUAUUUCAAUGAGAAAAAUUUUCAUAUAAAACAAAUAUUAACUAUAACUCGUGUUAAAAAUGGACCACAAACAAGUCUUAUUCCAACUUUUAUUGGUGGAGGUUUUGAUAAUAUUCCAGUUAAAAAUUAUACCAUUAUAAUCGAAUAA